AUGCAUGGCCUCUGGGUCUGGGGUUCUCUUGCAGCUAUGAACGGAUGGAUCAUUGGCGUUACGAGUAACACCCUGAAGGGAGCUGCGUCCUCCAUCUCGGACGCCCAUCCAGCUGAUAUGGAGCUUAAAUCUUGGGAGGCUGUCGAAUCUCCGUCGUCCACUCUUCAGCCAACUAACAUUUUCACGCUGAGAACAGACUGGGAAGCAUUCAUCGCUUUCUUUGAUCAUGGCGCGGUUGUGCUAUUGGAUGUAGCCGGCAUCUGCUGCAUUGGAACUUCACUGACGAUUUGCGUUGCCGGUGAUGGAUCAAAAACGCCUGGCCAAUCGAACGAUGUCGGCCGUGCCUCUGCGCUGCACUGCCUCGCCAGACUCUGUGAUCAGGCAGCGACUUGGCUAACUUCCUAA